AGCAGUAUAUGUUAAUAAUCUGGGUUAUACUCAAUUAUAUAAUUUUGAAUCACACAUAAUGACACUUUUGACUCGUUUACUUUUAUAAGCAGCCUAUAGCAGAGGAGAUCCAUACUGAGUUUCUGAUUACAGUUCACACCUCUAGAGAUUGAGGAGGCUCUCAUUUUCUCUUUCCUGUUAGUACAGUAUUAUUGAAUUAUUCUUGCCUGCUUAUGAUUUAUUUGUUUUAUUGGUUUUGUCUCUAGAUAAGACAAAUGUUUCUGACCCAUGAAUUAGAAUUGCAAAGGGAUUCCAAAUCACACAAUUAUAUCUAUAUCUAUCUAUAUGUACGUAGUUUUAUCCAUACUUCAAACUGGAUGUUCGGAUUUAUAGUGAAAAAGCCACAAAAUGAUUGUGUUAUGAUCAGACUCAUCUCAAAAAAAAUUGGUAGGGAGUUAUUUCUCAAGCGGGUGUUAGCUCUGGAGAUGGGCGGGGCCGCAUGGAACAUUCUAGCAUUUCUAAGCAUACACAAGCCGGAAGACAACUAAAAAAGAGGCGGGGCCUCAAGCCAAAUCUCUGGAAACCGUUGAAGCCACGCGGGAUACACUCACAACUCUCCCAGGCUGUUACCUUCUGGGUGCUCAAUUUGUGGAGGCUCCAGGCCAAGCUGUUAAAGGCCAUGAAUUACGGUCGCCCUCCUCCCAAUGUGGAAGGCAUGACCUCCGUCAAGGUGGACAACCUGACCUGCCGCACCUCGCCCAACACCCUGCGGCGUCUGUUUGAGAAGUAUGGGCGUGUGGGUGAUGUGUACAUCCCGCGGGACUACUUCACUAAAGAGUCCCGCGGCUUCGCUUUCGUCCGCUUCCACUACAAACACCAUGCUGAGGAGGCCAUGAACGCCCUAGACGGGAUCAUGGUGGAUGGCCGUGAGCUGCGAGUACAGAUGGCACGCUACAGUCGUCCCCGGGAACCCCACUAUGGCCGCCGCUGGGAAACGCCACCCCGCAGGUACAAGGGAGACAACUAUGAUCGCCAGAGCCGCAGCCCAAGGCGUGGUCAAUCCAGCCGUUUCAGUAGCAGGAGCCGAUCUCGAUACCGAUCCCGGUUCCGAUCUCGAUCCAGGUUCCGAUCCCGGUCACGAUCCCGGUUCCGAUCCCGAUGCCGCUCCCGGAGCAGAUCUCACUUCAGACGCUUGAAGUGGAAGUCUCAUUCUCGCUCUUAUGGUAGAGGUAGAUCUCCAUCAACCUCCAGAUCCAGAUCGACCGGAAGAUCCACAUCCAAGUCCUCCUCGGUGUCCACAUCUCGCUCGCCAACCAGUUCCAGCUCUAGGUCCAGAAGCCUCCCAUCAAGAUACAAGAGGGGAUGCAAGUCCAGAUCACGAUCUAAGAGUGCUUCCAAGUGUUCUAAAAAGGGAGGAAGGGUAUAUUAUUAAAUUAAUGAUUCAUCAGCAAGCAAUCUGAGAACUGGGGGCAGGGGUGGUGGUUGUCCUUGGAACAAGCCACUAGCAAAAGAAUAGGAUGUUUUUUGUAAAAUGUUGUGUAACUUUUUACUUGUUUUAAGCCUUGCCUCCAUUGGUAAACUUCAGUUUAUAUGACAUUUUGUUGCUGUUAAUUUGAAUAAUAAUAUUUGGAUAUCUUGUAAUUUGGUGAGGUGAAAGACUUAAAUUCUUAUUAUUGGUUUGGAUAUCUGAAGUAAAAUUUCAUUUUCUUUAGCGUGCUGACAUUUUUAGGUUGAAAGUAACGAGAUUGUUAACCUAGUUUGUGGCCUCCUUAUUUAAGAAAAUGUGUGCAGCUGCUUCCUGUUCAGUUGCCCAAAAUGGUCUAGUGAUUAACUCAUUUUACCUUCAUUCUUUAAAAUUAAAAACCUACAAAAGUUAAUGUAAAUGUAUUAACACACGCCAUUUAUGUUCAGGUCUAAAUAAUAAUAUGAACUUGCGUGUGUGAAGACAUUUCCGGUAAAAAGAAUUUAUUGUUUUAAAAGAAUUGUUUAUUAAACACAAUUCUAAUCUCUUAGGUAUUUUUGUGCACUAGGCACAGUUGUAUAGCAGUUGAGUAAUGCUGGUAAGCUGUUAAGGUGAUAUUUUGCAGUGCAGAGUGCUUGGUUAUUUCAUGUUUUCUCCUUAUUGCUCCUGUGCUAUGCAGAAACAAAUAGCUGUCCAGUUUAUUAAGAAGUCUGACAUCUGCACUUCCCAGGGCUUGUAUAUAUAUAGCAGAGCAUACGCUGAGCACAUCUAGCAGAUGAUAAAUAUACCUAUAUUUUUCUUUCUCACCUCUAAAAUGGUAAAGCUGAUCAUUUUUAUUUACGAACUUAAAUGUAAAAAAUGUUAACAAAGCAAAUGAUUUGUCACUCUGAGUACUGAUAACAUGCUGUGUUGUUUUUGCUUCUUUUUUUGCUUAUGCAUAUU